AUGGAAAAAGAGAUCAAGUACAACAUUAAAUUAAAAAAUAAUUCUAAUGAAAAUAAGACUAAGAAAAUACAAAAAAGAAUAAACUUUUUUGAUGAAUCUUACAAUGAUGAAGAUAUAGAUGAAGAGAAAAAAGGAAGAGUGGAAAAGAUUAGAAGCAUGAAGGACGGGCAGAUAGUUCCUGACACGGUGCAAGAUCAAGGGCUAGAUGCAAAGAACAAAGCGAGCAUAAAUUUUAUAAAUAAUUUGGAAAAAAAAUUGAGACGUCUUAACAAUAAACGGAAGAUUGUUUAUUUAAACGUUCCAAAGAAAGAUGAUACGAGAGGUGGGAGUUAUAGCAAGGGUAGUAACAGGGGUAGUAGCAGGGGAAGUAGCAGGGGUAGUAGCAGGGGUAGUAGCAGGGGUAGUAGCAGGGGUAGUAGCAGGGGUAGUAGCAGGGGUAGUAGCAGGGGUAGUAGCAGGGGAAGUAAUACUAGUUGUGGGGGAGGAGGAAACAGUCCGAAAUGUCUUGAUGAAGAGAGUUCAGAAGAGGACCCAUCGAAUAUCAUAAUCACUGAUAUCACUAAGCUAAUUAUUAACAAAAAUAUGAACAGAGAUAAGAAGAACAUAAAUAUUAAUGAACAAAACAAAUUCAUAAAUGAUGAGCACAUGGAAAGAGGAUUAAGAAGGGCGUCAACAGGAACACUUAAUCAAGAAGAGAAGCAUUUAUUUGAAAAUAUUCCACCAGAAGAAGCAGUGAAUGAAAAGGAAAAGAGUAAUAAGCAGUCAACGUAUAACAGAACUACAAAUGUUUGUCAUAAAAAGGAGAGUAACAAUGAUAAUGUUAACAUUUUGGAGAAGGAUCAUGACGAAGUGAGUGCUACGAUGAAUGACAGUAAGCAGAGUUGUGAUAUAAAGAAUUUCAUGCAUGAAUGUACCAUUACGGAGGAAAAUUUGACUUUUAAAAGAAAAACAUUAUUAGAAAAAUUUAAUAAAAAUGAAAAGGAUAUCAUUUUUAAGAAUGAAUUAAAUUUAUAUCAGGAUUUUAAACAACAUAAUAUGCAUAUAGAGGAUUAUGGAAAAUUUAUUUUAAGUAAAAUGGGUUAUAAUGAAAAUAUUUAUAACCAAUACAUAAAUAAAUAUUACAAUGAAUACAGUGAUGAUAACUACUUUGACAAGAUCUACAAGCACUUUAAUUCAAGGAAUUUCCGUUUUACUGGUAUAGGUGCAGAGGAGGAGAUGGACGAAAAUAUGAAGAGGAUACAGGGGGAGGAGGAGAGUAGCAGGAAGGAUGACCACCGCAGUCAAAGCAGAAACGAUGAAAGUGGUAGGGAUAAUAAUCGUCCUAAUCAAAGAAGUAAUGAUGACUCCGAACAAGACGAGAAGGAAACCAAACGACGAAGAAAAAACAAAUGCAUUGAAGGGAAAACCAUCUUUCAUAGUAAGUACCAAUUAACAGAAAGAGAUCAUAAAAACAAGAAGAAAAAAAUAGCAAGCAGUGACAAAUAUAAUAAGGAGACAAGUGAUUCUGUGGAAAAGGAAGAAUACACAGACAAUAGUAACAACUUCUUUGAGGGACUAGUCGUAAAGAUUAAUUUAAAAUCACACGCGUUUUACAAAAGAAAGGGAAUAAUAGUAUACAGAAGAAGAAGAAAAAAAAAAAGCGAGAUGCAGAUGGAAAUGGAGGAGGAAAAUAAGAAUGAGCAAAGGACGAGGCACAAGUACUACUACGGCUUGUUGCUUUUUCGAAAUUGCAAAUAUGUCAUUCGUUAUAAAAAUAUUAUUAAGGAAAAGAUAAAAGAAUUUUUAAAAAAAAAAAAAAAAAGGCAAAAAUGGGAAGAGCGGAAAGGCUGCAAAGAGUCGAAAAAGUGUAAAGAAGACGACGAUAGACACUUCUGGGAUAUAUUUCUUGACCAUUUAAAAAGCAAAAUAAAUUUAAGCAAAGACAGUAGGAGCAUAGAAAAAAAUGCAGGAAAUGAAAUACAAGAUCCGUUUCAAAUGAGUGAAGUGAAGUCCAAGUACUUAGAAACAUACAUAAAUAAUAAUUGCGUAAAGUGUAAAAUGGUGAGCAAAAAUAUAAAACAUCCAGAGAAAAAUAUACCUCUAUAUGCAGAGACAGUCGAGCUGAAGAAAGUGAAGGCAACUCAUGCGUACAUUAAAGUAAGACAAAAGUAUUUUCUCAAAGUUUCCUUGGAUGACAUUUGCCAGUAUAUAAGCUAUCUAUAA